CUCCAAUACAAACCCACUGUAAUUUAGCACUCGUCUUUAUGAGUCUCGACAAUUUCAUGUGUAGGCGUGAAUAAGGUGCAGACCGACUAAUUUUCCGGGUGUGUAGAAGGGGCGGAAUCUUGAACCCGUGAGUUAGGGUGGCAGUAGCUCGCGAUUCAAUAAUCCGAAUCCGUCCAAUUCAUAUUGACUAUAUACCGCCUCUCCUGGAGAGUCUGGCAGAUAAGGUAUGUCGAACUAUCAGCACAGCAUUUAAUGAAGAUGACAAAGAUGAUAAACCAGAUUUUGGAGAAUAUAGUGCCUUCGGCGCCGACGAAGAAGCCCCUGGACGCCCAGGCUACAGGCUGGAGGGAGAACCUCGACGACGACGACCGUGCCGUUAUUGCGCUGCGAAACUUGAUCUUCGAUAUCUGUAACCAGAAUGGCGGCGGGCACGGCGGCUCUGCUAUCGGCAUGGCUGCCAUUGGUGUUGCCCUGUACAAGUACACGAUGCGUUACAAUCCUUCGAACCCGGAGUGGUUCGACAGGGAUCGCUUCGUUCUCUCUAAUGGACAUACCGCGAUGUUCUUGUACGCCUUGAACCAUCUCGUCGGUUAUGACGCCUGGACAAUGGACCAGAUCAAGGGUUACGGUAGUGCGAAGAUGAACGGUUACAGCACCAUGUGCCACGCCCACCCAGAAAUUGAGGAACCAGCAGUGGAGAUCACCACGGGACCGCUAGGCCAGGGUAUCGCUAAUGCCGUCGGGCUUGCUGUAGCCUCCAAGAACCUCGCAGCGCGCUUCAACCGGCCGAGCUUCGACGUCGUCAGCUCUCGUGUGUACUGCAUGACUGGAGAUGGCUGCCUGAUGGAAGGAGUCGCGCUCGAGGCCAUAUCACUAGCUGGAAGCUUGCAACUGGAUAACCUCGUUUUGAUAUACGACAACAAUCAGGUGACUUGCGACGGUCCUCUUGAUUGGAUCAACGUCGAGGAUGUCAACGCCAAAAUGCGCGCAUGCGGGUGGCAUGUUCUCGAGGUUGCCGACGGUUCAUACGAUGUCCAGGCCCUAGUUUCAGCACUCCGUUAUUCAGAGACCCUGGGUGGGAAACCCGUGUUUAUAAACAUCCGCACCGUCAUCGGGCUAGGCACCUCCAAUGCAGGAACUUACAAAGCCCACCACGGCACCUUUGAUGCAGAGAGCGUUGCUCUUUCGAAGCGCCUAGCUGGUCAGGAUCCCUCAAUGACACAUCAGAUCUCACCCGCCGCCCUAGAAUACUUCAGAGAGAGAAAACAACGCGGCCAGAAGCUACAAGGCGAGUGGGACGACCUAAUCCGCAGUUACCAGUUGGCACACCCGGACCUAGCCAAGGAGUUCCAUAUGAGACAAACAGGAGACAACGGGGAUGAGUGGCGGAAGAUGCUCGAGACGAUAGACUCGGAGGCUUUCCGGGGCCAAGCAACACGUGAGGUUAACGGUUCCAUUAUCGAGAGCAUGUGGAAAGCCCAUCCAGCCCUUUUCGGAGGUGGUGCCGAUCUAGUCAACUCCAACAAGGUUCCUUAUGAGGCGUCCGAGGUAUUCCACCCAUCCGUGGGCUAUAAAGGCCGCUAUUUGCGUUACGGCAUCCGUGAACAUGCUAUGGCAGCUAUCUCCAAUGGUAUCGCGGCUUACAAUCCGGGCACAUUCCUACCUAUCACAGCUACAUUCUUUAUGUUUUUCCUCUACGCCGCUCCGGGAGUCCGCAUGGGUGCCCUUUGCCAUUUGCCCGUUAUCCACCUCGCAACGCACGACUCCUUCGCCGAGGGCCAAAACGGUCAGACUCACCAGCCUAUCGAACUGGAUUCCCUGUACCGUGCUAUGCCUAACCUGACAUACAUGCGACCGUGCGACCCUGAGGAGACCAUCGGCGCCUGGCUGCUCGCGCUCUCGAAGACUACGGGUCCGUCCCUGCUUUCGCUCGGCCGUGACCCCGUCGGCCCUGUGCCGAACACAAACCGCUUAAAGGUCGCCAAGGGCGCGUACGUCGUCAAGGAGGCCGAUAAUGCGCAGCUCACUCUUGCUAGCUGUGGGACCAAUAUGCACUAUGCCGUCGCGGCGGCCGAGAGUCUGUCCGCCUCAGGGAUUCCGACGCGAUUGAUCAGCGCUCCGAGCUUCGAUCACUUUGACGAACAAGACAGGGCUUACCGCGAGUCGGUGUUCCCGCUGGAUGGCACGCCUAUUGUAAGUGUCGAGGAGUAUGUUGCGACGACCUGGGCGCGGUACGUGACGGCAAGCAUUGGAAUGACCGGGUUUGGAUACUCGGCUUCGAAUGCCAGUAACUAUGACAGAUUCCGGUUAGAUGCAAAGGGAAUAGAGGCUAGGGUCAGGGAUUAUCUAAAGGAUUUGGCUGGUGGUGAUGCUAGGAGGGCAGGAUGGCGUGCAAUAUAGAUCUGGUGAGGGGUUUGCACCUUAGUUUGAUAGUACUAUCUAGUAAAAAUAUCUUCGAUUGCGAGGAUAACCUGUUCUAGUAGUGUAAUAGAAGUCUCUGCACUU